AUUUAUUAAUCAGGGUAUACAAAUGUUUUGGAAAAGCGUGCGUUCGUGUGAUUUGACAAUUUUGACUUAAAAAUGUCUAAAAUCAAACAUGUUAGGUUAUUAGCAAGGACAGUCCUUGUAAAGAACAAUGACAUUGAAAAAUCAAACGAUCUUCUGAACAGGGUCCUUAAUUCUGAAGGAAUCUUGCAGGAAGAUAGAAGGCUGAGAUUUUUUGAGCGCCCAUGUCUUCAAAGGAAUAGAAUAUGUUUUGAGAGAGGGAAAAGAAUUUACAAUUCGGAAAUGAGUAGGAAAAUGAAAUUUCUCAUGAAAAAGAACAGGGCUGAUCCAUUCCCAAGAUGACGGCAGAAAAGACUGAGAAAAAACCAAGACGUUGAUACAAUAAUCAUCCAAAGUUUAAGUGUUUAAAAAUAUAAUUGCUCUUUUUGUGGAAUCUAUGAAUUAUGCCCUAAGUUUAUAUCAAGAAACAGAGAUAGUGAACAAAAACACUGUGAUUCUGAUCCAAUGUGUGUUGUUGCUUGUGGCAGACUGUGAAAGUCAAACAAAAUUAUAAUUGAUUCAUUCAUUAUGUAAUAAAAAUAAAAAGGCUAUGUUUUGA